AAUGGAAAGGUGUAAUAGCAAUCUGUAUAAAAUGAUAACCCAUUUAGGCAAAGUAAAUACUUAAAUACUUACACUCGCCUGAAUUUGUAUUUAAAAAAGUGCAGCAAAGAUUUCUUUAAAGUAAUUUCAAACAACAAAAUAAAGAAUAAUACAUAUUAUGGGAAAGGACGGCAAGGAGACUCCUUUUUGUCAAAGCAACAAGUGCUCGUGCGUUGUUUUUCUGCUGAUUGUAGGGGGAGUGGCUGCUGUGGUAUGUGUUACGCUGUUGGUCAAAGAUCUAAGGAGCAUAUACGACCAUGAUGGUGGUGGCGAGUCGGAAGCACCAUGGUGGAAGAAAACAAUAAUCUACCAGAUUUAUCCGAGGUCGUUUCAGGACAGCGAUGGCGACGGCGUUGGUGACUUACAAGGAAUAAUUUCUCGGCUAUGGUAUUUCAAUUACCUGAAUGUUGGGGCUAUUUGGCUUAGCCCGUUCUUUACGUCACCAAUGAAGGACUUCGGUUAUGACGUCAGCAACUACACAGAAGUUGAUCCUUUGUUUGGAGAUAUGGAUGACUUCGACAAUCUUAUAAAAGAGGCGAAAAGUAAAGGAAUCAAAGUAAUCAUAGAUUUCGUACCAAACCAUACUAGUAAUGAAAGUAGCUGGUUCGAUUUGAGCCGUCAUGCAGCAGACGAAAGCGACCCCUACUGGAAUUUCUAUAUUUGGAACGAGGGAACAACGAAUCCAGAUGGGUCAAGAUCACCGCCAGAUAACUGGAAAAGUGUAUUUGAAGGUUCUGCGUGGGAGUGGGAUGAUGUUAGAAAAGCAUAUUAUUAUCACGCAUUCCUUUCGUCACAACCUGACCUUAACUACCGAAAUGAACAUGUUCUGGAGAAGAUAGACGAAGUGAUUCGAUUUUGGAUGGACAAGGGUGUCGAUGGACUGCGAAUAGAUGCUAUUCCACACUUGUUUGAAAUCGCAAAUCAGUCAAUAGACGAGCCAGCAGGAGCUUCUAAUGGAUUUGACGAAAAUUUGCACAAGUACAUCAAAAAUCAGCCGGAAAUAUUUAAAGUAGUUAAACGCUGGAGAGCCAUUCUUGACACCUACGAAGCUGCUGAUGGAACAAGCAGAUUUCUGUUGGCUGAGACUGUAGGAAUACCACACGAAGCUAGGAUGAACUACUAUAAAGCCGGUUCCGUGCCUUUUUUCUUUAAUCUUAUACCUGCAAAAGAAAAAUGCGGCGCAACAGCGACAUGUUUCCUAGAAAUUAUAAGAGAUGGUAUGAAUCUUACCGAAGGACAGUGGCCAAACUUUGUUAUUGGCAAUCAUGACAACAAGCGAAUAGCCGAUAGAAUGGGUGACGUCAAUGUUGAUGCAAUGAAUAUGAUGCUCCUAACUUUGCCAGGAACGCCUACGACAUACUAUGGGGAGGAGCUAGGCAUGCGCGGUGGUGACUAUACUGGAAUGACGCCAAAAGACCCAUAUGCUAUUACUUCAAAUAAUGCAGAAAAUUCUCGCGAUUCUGAGAGAAACCCCAUGCAAUGGAAUGAUACUCUUAAUGCUGGUUUCAGUAACAGUACAACUGGGACAUGGCUUCCGAUUCAACCAAAUACUGAUUACAUGCAUAUAAAUGUUGAGGUAGAAAGAAAUUUGGAUAAUUCAAGUCUGAAUUUGUACAGAAAACUUGCUGAAUUAAGACAAAAGGAGGCAUUUCAGAAUGCAAAUAUAGAAUUUCCCGAAAGUGUGUCCGAUGUGUUGGUGUACGUCAGAGGAGUUGAAGGAGAUCGCUAUGCUGUUGCACUGAACUUUGGUGAAGCAAAGCAUGGAAUAGAUAUAACGAAACUUGGAUAUACAAAGGGAACUUUAGUAUUGUCGACAAAAUCAGAAAAAGAUAAGACAAUAGAUUUAUCUAACAUUCAGCUAGAUAAAGGAGAAGGUUUUAUUGUUCAUUUGGACGAAUGAUUGAACAACUAUGCAUUUUUGACGUCUACAUGUAGCACGAAAGGCAUUAGUGUUUUAUACAUUAUGUGUAUGUUCUAAGAAUUAGUACCAGAGAGUGUAAGGGUCAUGCAUGUACUUUAUCACCUCUCCUAGUGAAUUUUCAUUUUGGACAUAGCACGUAUUGAUUGGUUUGUUGGUUAAUAAUCAAAACUUUUGCCCGAGGUCUGAUGAACCUUGGACAAAGGAUAAAUGUUUGAUGAUACCCCUGCACGGAGGUUGCAGAUAUGGUAUGGUUGACACACACAUAUGGCAAGCUGUAUUCAUUGAAAUAGACCAUGGACAUACAAUGUAUUUUAUAAUUUAAGGUAGCAGACCCUUAAAGGCAAUCGAUUACGUCAUUUUCGUUCGAUUACAUCAUUUCCAUAUGUGGUUUCGGCAUUCUCCAGUUGUUAUGAAUUUUGACCGAAGGAUGCCGAAAAAGUAUACGAAGACUACGGUAUCGGACGGAAAUUGUCGAGUGGCAUUAUUGGUCUACCAUCGUAACGUUGAUUUUGUAUAUGCAAACACAGAAAUGGGUCUAGAAAUUUCCGCCAUCUUAUUUAAAAGAAUUUGGUUCGUAUAAUAUGGACUUUGGUCUAUAAAUAUAAAACAAAUCACAAUGAAAAACUACUUCAGGGGAGAUAAUUAAACACAUGACAUGUAUAAGUUUGUAGCGUAGACUUAGAAGUCUGUAUUACUAAGUAUGAAAAUAUAUUUGUGACGUAAUCGUUGUCAUAAUUGUUUUGUUUUUGUUCAUGACAUUUACCACGUUUAUUACAAAAUUUUAUACUUAUGAUAUAUUCUGUAGUGUUAUUGUAACCUUAGAUAAUUAUGAGACAAGUCAACGGUCACAUUUAACAUUCAGCACCUAACACGAAAUGUGUACUCGUGCACAAUGACUGUAAACACAAACACACGAAUUGAAUGAGAAUGGAAUAGUAAAUAACACCGACGAAUGUAACAAAGAUACAUAAACAUACACGAAGAAGGAACACAACAAUGAACCGCAUUGAAACGGUCUUUUAAAAAAACACCUGUUAUACACGCUUAAGUUAGUGUAGUGAUAUUCGGCAAUUUCCGUGACAUCGGCAAUUUCCGUGAUAUUCGGCAAUUUCCGUGUGAUCGGCAAUUUCCGUGAGAUUAAGUAUUUUCCAUAUGCGAUUUCGGCAUCCUUCGAUCAUAACAGAAAAUUCCUUUUUCAUUACGACCGGAGAAUGCCGAAGUUGGUGAUGGAGAACACGUGAUCGAACGGAAAAGGUCGAUCGUCUAUUCGGGUCCAUCACCUUAAUCAAAAUUUCCAGAUAGGAAGCUAUUUGCAAAUUGCACUCAGUAAAUCUUCUUUUAUGUCACCAUUGAGAUGUUUAGUCAAUUAAAAAUAAUGUUUUCAUUUUGAUCAAUGGUUUGAUUGAUAUCUCAUCAGUGCAUAUUUGAUAAAUUCUUUCACCACAUAUCAGUCAAAAUGUUCAUAUCUGUUUAAUAAAUUUGAGAAAUACUUAAAAAUAAUAACACUUAAUAUCGCGAAGAAUGACAUUAAAAUUCACAAGCUGCCUGGCAUGUGACUUUUUUAAAAAUUAUUCUUUCGCACAUGUGAAAUCAAUACCAGUCUGUAUAAUUAUAUAUUAAAAUUUAAUAAUGCAGAAUUUUACUUCAUAAGUUUGAUGAUAUGUGGUUUUAAACUUGCAUUUUGUCUGUUUCGUUAAUAAUAUUAUGUAAUUACCUUGUAUGUUGCUGUUACGUCCCUUCACCCUCUUUCUUAUGCCCCUCCUUUUUAUUCCUUAACCUUUUUCCUCUCCUGUUUGAGCCAUCCCCAGUCUUAUAUCUUUCAUAAUAAUGGUUAUUAUGAAGUACUUGUAGACUGGUAUUUAAACAAUCUCAAUCGCAAGUGUCGAUUAUGUCACCUUAACAGCCUUGGUGAUGAAAUGCACUACUUAUUAGAAUGCCCCUUCCUCUCUAAUAAGAGAUCAAAGCUUAAACCAAAAAGACUUUACCAAAGGCAGAAUAUUAUCAAGUUAAAAGAUUUAUUAUCAAGUACCAGGGGGUCUAAUUUGACAAACCUUUCUUACUUUGUUAAAGAUCUGAUUGGAUAUUUAAGAAGGUAGUGACAAAUUUAGUUAACUUACUGCUUCUUAAAGAGGCACCACAAAAUAAUGCUUUGCAUGAGGAAAAUGAGAAAUAACGACUAUCUAGUUUCAAAUUGACAGUGACAUAUAUAAGGCCAAGACAAUGUGUUAAAUGUCUUAACAUGUUAUUGAAUUAAUAUAGUAAUAUGUACAUAAAUCAGUGUAAUUAGUUAAAAUUUCAAUCACAUUUUGUUUCUACAGUGUAAGAUAGUUAUUCCUCUAUAUUGUUAAAACUAUGCUGAAAAGAUAUUGACUGAAUAAGUUUGCAGAUGAAGUUUUGAAAACAAAUUUAUUCAGGAAGGGCCUAAAUGCAUAUGGUCCACCUGAAAACCUGAAGUAUAGCUGUAUAUUACCUGUAUUAUAAGAAUGAUUUUCAUGAAGUUUUUGUGGGUGAAAAAAGUAGGUCACUAGGUCGUGGUGGGUCUUUAAAUCCAUAUCCAUUAUCCGUAGUAAACAUGCGUAUCACACUUUUAUGAAUGAAAUAAUUCUGUAAGUAACAGUAAUUUGUAGCCAAUCAAAUCGCGCGACUGUAACUCAUUCAUAUAAGUAGAUCGUCUAAUACAAAGAAAUUCUCGUGCGAAAGUACUUUUGUAGUCUUAACGUACCUCUCACAAAUACAAACACUACUUGCGGUCAGCAAGACUUCGUUUUAUUUUUGGAGGAGUUGCUACUAAAUACAUUUUUAUAUAAAUGUUUAAAUUCAUGUUUACAGGUGACACAUAUAAAAUUAACAAAUAAAAUAUCAAAUAAAAAACACCAAUCAUGUACUGUAAAGGCAUUUUCUGUUUGAAUAUAACUAUAUGCCGUACACGUAUAAUUCUACAACAGAAUGAUUUACAAAGCACAAACUGUCUUAGAGAAUACCUGUGUCAACUACGUUUUUCAAGAUCAUUUACAUUACAUAUUGAAGUAUUUACAACUCUUUGCCCUUU